CUCGUAGGCACAACCAUAGCCAUCCCCCUUUUGAGAAGUCACGUGGAGUGAGGCUAAACUUCCCUUUUAAGCAAGUAUGCUGACUCGUGCCAUCUUAAAAGUAGCGAAGGACUUUUGACUUUUCACUAACUUUGCUCGCUGCGGUCCGUUUCCGAGUGAGUGAGGAUGUUGCGUGCGGCGGCAGGAAGUGCGGGAGAACGACUCUCGUCACCAUUUUGACGGCGAUGACACUCGAGCGUGCACUCAGGAUGCUGAAGCGCUUUGCCAUGCGGCUGCUGCUCGUGCUUCCUCUCGUCGUCGCGGGCAUCAACGGUGACAGCGACACGCUCGGUGUGGAGUUGACGUUUUCAUGCGCCAAUUCGCUGUGCUAUCACAUUUGGAGAUUUGCCGAGAGGAAAGUGAGCAUUGACGUUGCAAUAACGAGUAAAGCGGAGAUGGUCGCGGGUGUCGACGACCAGGACGCAAAAUGCACGGAGAAGCUCCGUCAGGCGGAAGAAAAUGGACUUCAUUACUGCAAAAUAACAGAUGAUGCCUUCACACCUCAAAACAAUUUUCCAGAGCUGAAAGUGGCGCCGGGCGACGCCAUGUCUUUCCAGUGCAUCCUACUGUCGCCCUUGACGCGGGGCCAUUGCUCCAAACCGCGCCAGCUGGAAGCCCUCUUGACGUGGGUGGACCGGGCCGGCCUGGAGGUCCGGGACAACUCCAGUCAUCGCGUCCGGCGAAAAUCCCCGUGUGACGUCACCUUGACCGUCACCUUGCAAGCUUCCGGGCGCGAGGCCUUCAGGUGCCGGGCUCGCGUGGGAGCAAACACGUGGACUUCAGUGGAGAUGCGAGUCCAAGUACCAGCUUUCAAAGGGAAGGGAAGAGGAGGCUUCAAAUUAGAAGAAGUAGAACCUCAUGGCGACAGACGCUUCCAGGUCGGCGUGGUGGCGGCGGUGUUGGCGUGCGCCGCACUGACCGCCUUGGCCGCCAUGUUUGUUGUGGUCAGGCGACGAAAGGCAUCGAACCGGCCCGAGGCCUCCUGUCCCAUAGCCAAUAUCAACCAUGUUCCGGAUGAUGUCGUUUACGCGGACGUCGUCCUCCCCGUUGCUGCGGAAACAGUAUCUUUCUCUCAGGGCGAAGACACAGAAUACGCCUGCAUUCGAUACCAGUAGUCACUCAUAUUUAUUAUUGAAGUUUUAAUUUAACAUUUUAUGCAUGUGUUGAAAUGUGUAUAUGUCAACUGAGCUUAAGUAUGUGUAUCUUAUGUAUCUACUUAGUCUACCUCAAUAACUACCACUUCCCUCUUUUUUUGUGACAAGAAGAGAGUAACAUUUCCUGUUUAUCGCCCCGGAGUGAACAUUCUGUUCUUGUUUUUUUGUUUUGUUUAGUUUUUUUAAAUUUAGAUUUAAAAUUUUAGAUUUUCUUUGUUUUCUUAUCAGGUAAAAUUUUGAUUUUCUUUUGUAAAAAAAAGGAAAAUAAAUGUAAUGAACUCAU